GGCGGGCGAGCCGGCCACCGCGCCUACGACCACAGAGGGCGCGCUUGCAGACCGCCGAGAACCCCGAAGCGGAGUCGGACACCCCCGGAGGGAAGCGAUGAGGUAGCGGCAGUCCCCGGAGCUGACGAUGCGCGCGUCCUGCCCUCGGAGCCCCGCGCUACCCUGGCCAAGCCGGCCGAGCGCGAGUCCCCGGCGUCCCCUCGGAGCGAGGAUGCAGUGAGCCGCGGGACUGCUGUGCCUGGCCCGCCGCGGCCAGCCGGACCACUCGGACCGCACUUGGGGCAAGCUGCUCAUUCCGGGACCAGCCCAGCCGAGGGGUCGCCCUCUCCGGCACCCACUUGAGGGUGGGGAGCCCCGGCUCCUGGGCGCACUGCUGUAGUUUCCGCGGCUCCUGGCCCUGGCCCAAGACUUGUGUGUGUCACGUUCGCUGAAGAAGAGUUCCUGCUUAUUUUCUCACUACCCCGGGUGCUUUGGCCGACCCCCCCUCCCCGCUUCUAUUUAUUUGCACGCACUCAUAUGGCUUUUUUUUUUUUCUAAAAUAAUUUCCGCUCCGCUCUCUCUCAUUUUGUUGCUUGUCUGAGACUUUUGUCCUGGUCCUUCUCAUCUAGGCUUCUGUAAUAUAUAUUCUCUCUCUCUCUCUCUCUCUCUCUCUCUCUCUCUUCUCUCUCUCUCUCUCUCUCUCUCUCUCUCUCUCUCUCCUGUAUGCCUCUCUUGCACACUCGAAGCUGAAUAUUUUUUUCUUUCUAAGAUUCUACCCCACCCGCUGCGGGGUUCUCAAGCACUAUCUGGCCUCUCCUCCUUCCUCCAUCUCCCUGUUCCGGCUGUGCUCCCAGCUGGAGUUUUAUUUUCCGGGCUUGCCCGGGCCAAGCGCAACCAGGGCUGGUGGCCCUGCGGGACUCGCAGCCCGCGCUCGGCCGCCGCCGCCCAGCCGCUCCCGGGCGUCCUCCGGAGAUGCUGCCGUGGAAGAAGCACAAGUUCGAGCUGCUGGCCGAGGCGCCGCCGCGGCAGGCGUCCAAGCCUAAGGGCUACGCUGUGAGCCUGCACUACUCCGCGCUCAGCUCCUUGGCGAGGGCCUGCCCGGAAGGGGCGCUCAGCCGGGUGGGCAGCAUGUUCCGCUCCAAGCGCAAGAAGCUGCACAUUACUAGCGAGGACCCCACUUACACCGUGCUCUACCUGGGUAAUGCUACCACCAUCCAGGCGCGCGGCGACGGUUGCACGGACCUAGCGGUGGGCAAGAUCUGGAGCAAGAGUGAGGCAGGCCGUCAAGGCACGAAGAUGAAGCUGACGGUGAGCGCGCAAGGCAUCCGCAUGGUGCACGCGGAGGAGCGAGCGCUGCGGAGACCUGGCCACCUCUACCUGCUGCACCGCGUCACCUACUGUGUGGCAGACGCUCGGCUGCCCAAAGUCUUCGCCUGGGUGUACCGGCAUGAGCUGAAGCACAAGGCGGUAAUGCUACGUUGCCACGCGGUGCUGGUGUCCAAGCCGGAGAAGGCUCAGGCUAUGGCCCUGCUGCUCUACCAGACGUCAGCCAACGCUCUGGCCGAGUUUAAACGUCUCAAGCGGCGGGACGAUGCGCGUCACCAGCAGCAGGAGCUGGUGGGCGCACACACCAUCCCGCUAGUGCCGCUGCGCAAGCUGCUCUUGCACGGACCUUGCUGUUACAAGCCGCCGGUGGAGCGCAGCCGCAGCGCUCCCAAGCUAGGCUCUAUCACCGAGGACCUGCUUGGGGAACAGCAGGAGGAGGAGCUGCAGGAGGAAGAAGAAGAAGAAGAGGAGCACCUCGAGGGCUGCCUGGAGGAGGACGAGGAAGAAGAGGACCGUGUGGGGGAUGGGGAUCCAGCAGAGGAAGAGGCUGAGGCGCAGAGGGCGCUGGUGGUGGCUAUGCACUUGGAAUGUGGGGACUUGCUGGACCCGCUGGAGAAUGGCCACGAGGAGGCGUUGGGGGACAGCGGGGUCUCGCUGGGCCCCAGCUCUGGGACCUCACCUCCUCUGCCAGGCUGUGACUCCGACAUGAAGGCCCAGCUGUCGCAGCUUAUUAGUGACCUGGGCGACCUUAGCUUUGGCAAUGAUGUGCGCACCCUGGAGUCCGAUUUAAGGGUGACACGGCUGCUGUCGGGCGAGAGCACGGGCAGCGAGAGCUCCAUCGAGGGCGGAGGCCUGGAUGCCACCCCUGCCACCUACGGCAACCCCAACCCGUCGGGCCCUGCUGACAGCACCAGCCUAGACGACUCCUACUCCGGCUAAGCUCCCAGAAAAACUUCUCCGUGCACCUAGCACGCCACAGUGACUCCCCAGCCGUAGUUCUGUUUCCCCUAACCUCCAGGAAAGCGGGACAGGGAAAAUGAUGCACCUGAGGUCCAGACCUGAGUUUGGAGUUCCCAGGGGCUGCUUCUCUCCCGUUGUGUGCUCCCCCCAGCACUUUUGACUCGGAGGUGGUUCAGGUUGUGAGUAGGGAGAUGUGGAAGGAGAGAGAGAAGCACUAAGAAUGUAAGAGAGACGGGCCCUCUGGGGUGGGUGAGGGUGCGGAAGAGGGAAAGCUGGCGGAGAGGUUGGAAAAGGCCAAGGGCGGGCUAGAGGUGCCCAGCAGCCAGUUUCCUGUUUGUGAGGCAACUGGGGCUUGGGAAGGAGGGGUAACUUCCUCUCCAGACCCCCUGACUGGGAGGCCUCUCUCUGUCAUCAAUAUCUCAUUAACAAAGUCACUCUCAUAAUAACGGAGGCUUAGAUGGCACUAGCCGACCUGCCCCUAGUUCUUUGGAUUUGAGAGCGCGGGCUGUUUACCUCAGACUCAGAAACUCUUGAAAGUAUGCCAAAUUUCUCAAAUAACUGUACUCGGGGUAGGGGUGGGGGCAGGGUAUGAAAGUUGUGUUUUGUUUACAGUUAAAGACAUCUAAUAUAAAUAUAAAAAAAAGGCAUUUUCCUUUAGAAAUACACACCUUCCUCCUGUCCCAAAGAGCGUACUCCAUGAUGCUGUGUAAAAUAUUUUUGCACCUUUGUGAAGUAUUUUUGACUUUUUUUUUGUACAUAACUGUGUUCUCAGAGCCGAAUGUUUAUAUAUCUUUUGCUGUGCAAAAGACAGCUGUAAAAUGUUGUCCAGUUGUAUAUACGGAAAUGUGUAUAAAACAUUUUGUUAUUUUUUGAGCA